GAAUUAGAGACGCUGUUGUAUAUCAGACAGACUUGGCAUGACUAUAGGUUAUCGUGGAAUGCCACAGACUUAAUGAAAAUUAAACUUCGCGAACAUUUUUUGGAUAAACUUUGGCUGCCUGACAUUCGAUUUAGAAAUAUGAAGGACGUGAAGCAUUUUAAGGACUUUGGUAGCAUUAAUAUGAACCUUUACUCCGAUGGAAGAGUUUACUUUAGUCAAUUGGCUCUUGUCAAAGUUAGUUGCCCGAUGGAUCUGCACAAUUUUCCAAUGGAUAAGCAGACUUGUUAUCUCAACCUAUCCUCGUAUGCUUAUGGGAAAUCCCUGCUACGAUUUUCCCUGUCAAAAAGUAAGACAAUUGUGAAACCACUCCAUCUUCCACAAUUCAACUUAGUUGAAACCCGACGACUUUCUCAGGAAGACGAAGAUAUCGUUGGAAAAGUGUCGAUUUCCCUGACUUUUCAACGACAAAUGGGUUACUAUAUCCUUCAAGUUUACAUACCCACAAUUUUCCUUGUCCUCUUGUCAUGGUUAGCGUUCUUAAUGGAGGCUACAGACAUCGCAAAUCGUUUAGCGCUCGAAGUGACAAUGAUUCUGUCCAUAGUAUUCCUACUCGGUAACAGCAACAGUUCUCUCCCUCAUUUAUCCUAUGCCAAAGCUUCCGACUUAUUCAUCAUCGCAUCUUUUGGAUUCAUUUUUAUGGCAUUGUUGCAGACGAUGCUCACUUUUCAUUUGGUCACGAAGAAGCCGUUUUUCAAAUCCUUCACCAGUUGCAAUGCUUUAGCAAGAUUGAAGAAAUAUUUUGUGGUGCUCUUUCCUGGUUUUAAAUGGAAAAGAAAAGACGAAAGAGAGCAGGUGGAAAAUGCGGAGGAAGAUGAGCGCACAGGUUAUCUGGAAGACGUAGACGACGAUGUCGUGUUUCAAUCGUGCUCAACGAGCGAGAAGGAAGUCACAAAGUUUUGGUUUGAUAAGAUGUGUCUUGUUGCUUUUCCCACAUUUUACAUUAUUUUCAAUGUCUCCUAUUGGUCUUACUACGCGUAGAAACUCAUUACAUUGCGUGGAAUUAAUAUAAUUUCAACAUCUAUCUUGUGAAAACAUAGCGAGUAGCCUUCUUCUGGAUUGCCUUUAUUCACUUGCAAUUGCUUUAAUUGGGCUAAUACAAUUGUAAUUUAACAGAAAGGUUCCUAAAAUGAUGUACUUCGACGCAUACUACAAGUCUACAAAGUCUACAAUCUAGGCCAUUGCUUCACGCCCACGGUAAUCAAACCUGCUCUGAGCUCGCGUUGCACUCGGAAUAUGAAAAAAGUUCACACAAAUGCAUGUACACAUAUGAUUGAAAAUUAUAAUAAAUUUAAUGAUAUAUUGAGAAAAAAUUAUCAAUU